UAUUUUUUCAUUAAAUUUCUAAAAUGGAUAUUUAGUUAAAAACGAAUUAAUAAAAAAGAUAUUCCUCUCUUGAAAAGCUUUUAAAAUCUUCUCUUGAUGAAUCUCACACAAAUGUUUUUAUUCAUAUCUGCCAUUCAUCUUUUUUUGACGAUUAAUAAGCAUCAAAUUUAGCUAGAGCUUUAGCAUAAUGCUCUGAAAUUAAAAUUUUGAAGAUCAACCUAUUCAACAAUUAAAUAAGUAUGUAAGGAGCUUUAGAUUUAGCUUCUACUUUAGAAAAAUUCACUCAGCUUUCAAUAUUAGCCCUUAAUCUUAGCAACAAUAAAAUAGGUGAUUAGGGUCUAUCAGCUUUAGGCUCUGCUCUAGAAAAGCUAGUUAAUCUCAAAAACUUGACACUAAACCUAAGAAGCUUCAUUUCCGUUUCUAUUAAAGGUUUAUCGAAUUUAUGUUCAGGUUUAGAAAAUUGUACUAAUAUAUCUACUUUAAGAUUCGACAUUAGAAACAAUCACAUUCAUGAUAUUUAACCCUUAGGAAAUGCUUUAAAGAAAUUAAAUAAAGUGUCAACUUUGGCUAUUAACUUAAGGUACAACUAUUUUGGCUUAUUAACAAUUUGGAGUUUAAACUCAGGUUUAGCAAAAUGUACUCAUCUCUCUAAUUUGUCUAUCAAUCUUAGAAGCAAUGAUAUUGGCAAUAGUGGAGCAUUAGCAAUAGGUUAGGGUUUAGCAAAUUGCACUAAUCUGAUAAUUUUGACACUUAAUCUUACGAGUAACAAAAUUACUGAUAAAGGUGUAUUAGACUUUGGCUUAGCUUUAAAAAAAUGUUCUAAACUUUAAAAUCUGAAACUCUAUCUUGUACCUGACAGAAGUCACUAUAUAAUUUAGUUAAAGAAAUUAACAACUAAUCUUUUUAAAAUAAAGAGUAUGGUUUAAAUGAGCAUUAACUAAAAAUGAAUGAUAAUCUAAUUACUCUUUAAUUAAGUUCAUAUGUAAUAUAAAUAUCAAAUAAAAUAUAAAUUAAUCAAAUAUAAUAAAACUAAAAUGAACCUAUUUAUAAUUGAUAUUUAUUUAUUUAUCUAUUUAUGUAUUUAUUCCAAAAAAUAUUUAAAACCUAUUAGGAUUACCAAUUAAAUUGAUUGAUCCUAUCUACAUAAGGCCAA